AUGCGUGUGUCAGAAAUACUCAAUUCAGAGUUGCAACAGGACGAAAGAUUAGUAGUUUAUUUGUACAAGAAUAGCCAUAAUGAAGUAACCAUUUACAUACCGAAUAGUGAAAAACAGAAAGUUUUACCGGAAUUUACUCUAGACAAUAACGAUUUACUGAAAAAAAACACAACGGUCAAUACUAAUAACUUAUUCUACUUAAAUAAAUCGGAUUUGAUGUUACAUGAGAGCAGUAACAGCCUAGAUAUUAACAGUAAUCAAUUACUAGGUAUUCGACCGGAUAACAUUAUUUUAUCAAAUCAACCAUAUUUAAUUACAGGCUACACACAAUUUUUGCAAAUACCGCUGAAUUUUCAGAAUAUACCAAAUUGUUGUGGCAAUAUAGUCAUGUUACUCCAAAAUCUUUUUGAAAAACAUUCACAUCUACCGAUCAACACUAAGGAGAUCCCUGAAAAUGAUCUGAAACCAAAUGAAAACAAGCAGCCCUCAAACGUAGAUACCCUGCAUCCAGAGGACGUAUGGGAUUAUAUAAUACCGAAUCCGCGUGAAGAAAAUAUACCUUUAAAUCCGAAUAGUAUACACGAUGUAUUGGAUUUAAUAAUACCUCAGUCAAAUGAAGAAAAGCCUUCAAAUUCAGAUAAACUUAAUCCACAAGAUGUAUUCGAUUUAUUGACACCUCCUUCAAAUGAAGAAAAGCCUUCAAACUUAGAUAAUGUUCAUCCACAAGAUAUUUUGGAUUUAAUAAUAUCUCAGUCAAAGGAAGAAAGUCCAUCAAACUCAGAUAGUGUUUAUCCACAGGAUGUUUUGGAUUUAAUAAUACCUCCAUCAAAUAAAGAAAAGCCUUCAAACUCAGAUAAUGUUCAUCCACAGGACAUGUUACAUCAUAUACUAUUGGAGAUAAAUAAAAACAAGAAGCCCGCAGAUUUGAAUAACGUUAAUAUACAGGAUGUAUUGGAGUCAGAGGCAGAAAUUAAACCUUUAAAUCCAGGUAAUAAUUACCAAGUAGAUAUAGAUAGUAAUAACAUAGAUUUUCAAGAUCUAAUGGAUCACCAAAAUUAUGAAAAUCCAAUAAUACAAGAUUUAGUGGAUUACCAUAAUGAUGAAAUUCCAGUUACACAAGGUUUAGUAGACAAACAAAAAUAUACUACGCCCUUAAAUCAAGACCAAAAUCCUGUCUUAAUUAUUUAUGGUCCUAAACAACCGAGCAAUUUUGGAAAAUAUAACGAUGACACGUUAUUGUUCUUAAAUAAGUACAUAUCGAGUCUUAAAGAAAAACAUACGCAUCUCCUUAAUCAAAAUAAAACAUCGGAGAUUGAAGGGCAUAAUGGACCCUCACAAAUAAACGAUCAAUAUAUAAUUAGUGAAUUAAAUCGACCACAAAUGAAUUAUCGACCUCCUAGUAAUGCUUUUGGACAUAUUACAUUUGAUCAAUGGUUUUUACUGCAAGUUAAUCUUUUGAAGAAAUAUAACUUCAUCAUGUCAUACGCUAUAAAUAUAGAAAUGUUAAAAAUCCUUUUACAAAAUACAUUGUACGAAAAUGGAAUAAGUAUAACAAAUACAGGUGAUUUAAUUGAUUUUAAUGGUGAAAGAUUAAGUAUUGACAGUCUAGAACUGCGACCAGUUCUAAUAGGUGAUCCUAUAAAAUAUAAUGAGUUUCUGUUAUCACAUGAUUGUGUCACCGCAAGUAAAUUUCCAUAUAGAGAAGAGAUUGUUGUUAAACUUUCCAAACCACGUCGAUUUUUAGGAUUGAUAUCGCUGAAUGAAGCGUCUUUCUUUGAUACUAGAAAAUCAGGUUCCCCUAUUUGUCCGCCAUCUUCCAAUGGAAAUAGCGUGAGUAGUAUUCCGAUCAUACCAGAGAGUUUAGUCGAGAAUAGGAAUGGUCUAUGGAAUAGACGUAGCUCUCCAAAUGAUUUGCCAGCUUAUCCUGACAAACUCUGGAGAUCUGAAAAAACUAACGUUAAAGCAAAUGACAAUGGUUUUGAAGAUAUAUCUUCGCCAAGGGGACUCGGCUCAGAGGAUAACGAUUACAGUGACAUCGGGCUUAGAAUAAUAGGCGGUCAAGCAGCAACUAGCAGUGGCACGCCAGUCAGCAGCAAAGGGAGGAGAUCAGUAAAUAAA